CAUAAGCAGGCGCAUAAAUCUAAAAUUAUUACUAGUAAAAAGCCAGAUUAAAAGCUUUCAAAUUCUGCUUCUUGGAGAAAACGAAAGGCCAAAAUGAGCUCAACAACUAACAAUACACCUAGACAAAGGCCUGUGCGAAAGUCUAUGAGCAAGGACAAAAGCUCCAAUGGCAAAGGGAAUGAUUAUGGAAAGAGAAUCCAUACUGAAGAGGCCUCCCUUUUUAGCUCGACAAGUGGUUUUGAUAAUUAUAGAGGGAUUCUUAACUUAUGUCUUGUCCUUUUGGUUUUAUCCAAUUUCCGUGUUGCUUUAGAUAACGUCUUAAAGUAUGGUCUCUUGAUUGAUCCCCUAGAGGCAGUUACCAUUUUUCUACAGGAUCCUUACAGAUGGCCUUCAGUUUGUCUUAUAGUCUGUUCAAAUAUCUUCAUCCAGUUCACCUUUUUCAUUGAGAAUUUACUUGCUAAGGGUAAUCUAUCAGAGAAAACAGGCUUAUGUUUUCAUAUUUUCAACCUGUUUUUAAUCCUAACUGUUCCUCCUACGGUGGUUUUGCUUUACCAACCUCCCUUAUGGGCUGCAAACAUUACCCUACUUUGUUAUUCUAUGCUUUGGUUAAAGACAAUCAGUUACAUCAAUGUCAACAAGUGGCACAGAUUAGGAUUAGUGAAAGAAGAAACCACAACAAAUGCAAAGAUGGAAGCUAAAACAAAGUACCCUGAUAACCUCACCCAACCAGAUCUGUAUUACUUCGUUUGUGCACCAACUUUAUGCUAUGAACUAAAUUUCCCAAGAGUACCAAAAAUACGAAAGAGGUUUCUGAUGAGAAGAGUCCUAGAACUGCUUUUUCUUUUAAGUUUGAUGGGUGCAGUCGUUCAACAGUGGAUGGUACCAUCUGUUAAGAACUCUCUGAAGCCAAUACAGGAGAUGGACAUUGCAAGAGCUGCAGARCGUAUAAUGAAGCUAGCAAUUCCUAAUCACUUUCUGUGGCUAUUGUUCUUYUACUGUUUUUUCCAUACAUAUCUCAACAUCACUGGUGAAUUAUUGCGAUUUGGAGAUCGCUGUUUCUAUAGAGAUUGGUGGAACUCUUCCACUGUUGAGUAUUUUUGGCAGAACUGGAAUAUUCCAGCUCAUCGAUGGGCUGUAAGACAUCUCUAUAAACCCAUGAUAAGAAGGGGAUACUCCAAGCUUCAAGCGCAGGUGGCAGUAUUUAUGCUUUCGGCAUUCUUUCAUGAGUACCUUGUUAGUGUUCCCCUGAGGAUGGCCAGGUUAUGGUCAUUCAUGGCUAUGAUAGGACAGCUUCCAAUGGCAGUCUUCAUUAAGAAAUUUAUUAAAAAUCCAAACUAUGGAAAUGUAGUUGUGUGGYUAUCGAUCAUCUUGGGCCAGCCUUUAGCCAUCAUGAUGUACUUCCAUGACUAUUAUGUUAGAAGCCUACAGGAAGCCUAGAAAACAAUAAACCAGGAAAUCAACUAGUUUAUCUACACAAGGAAAUCCUGUUAUAUAUAAUAUUAUCAUGUAAUGAGCCAAUAAACUAAAUUGAUUAAAUAAUUAUUGUGAUUUAGAAAUUAUUAUUAAGGUGUAAGAAAAAUGGGGCAUAACAUCUUUGAAAUCUUGAAUAUUUAGCAGGUUUUUGUAUGGCAAGCAUGAUCAAAAUUGAAAUCUUAGAAAGAAAAAAAUGCAAAAAAACUAUUUUCUCAGACAAUAAAACACAAACACUGGAAAAUGUAAACACAGGCUUGAAAAAUAGUUUGUAACUACUAGUGAAAAUAAUAAUGAUAAAAAGGUAAAUUAUAUACCGUAAAAAGAUGAAACUGACAUUUCCGACGUUUCGGGCACUAGUCCUUCGUCGGAGUACUCUGACAAAGGACUAGCGUUCAAAACGUCAGUAAGUUUUUUCAUCUUUUCACAGUGUAUGAUUUACCUUUUUAUCAUUACUGUUUCCUUAGAAACACUGACGCAGCUCACAAUAGUUUUUAGCUAGUUAUCUCUUCAGUGAAAAUAAUACAUAGAUUAUAAUAUUGGUAGAGCAUUGCACUUUCAUUGAAUAUACUCAAAACCCUGAUCACUUCAGGUUGUAAUUCCUGAAUUUUCCACUGUUUCAAACCCUCAAAAAUGAAGCAUUUAGUCCAAUACAUAUUUUUAGCUCUGGAAUAAAUUUUUUGAAACCUUUUAA